AUGCGAGAAGCAUUAGAAGCAUUCCAAGAUGAGAUGUUCUGGACGAUCAUCGUCGGCUUCUUCAUUGCUUCAAUUCUUGCAUUUGCGAUUGGUGCCAAUGAUACAGCAAAUUCUUUCGGGACGAGCGUUGGAAGCAAGGUGCUUACGCUGCAGCAAGCCUAUUUACUAGCCUCCAUUUUUGAAACCCUUGGAGCAACUCUGUUGGGAUAUCAGGUCACGGAUACAAUGCGAAAAGGCGUCAUCGAUUUGGCCGUUUAUAAUGGUAGCGAAAAUGAGCUUAUGCUUGGUCAAAUUUCCGUACUGUCAGGCUGUGGUGCGUGGCUACUUAUAGCGACAUUUUUGAAGCUACCAGUGUCAACGACUCAUAGUAUUGUCGGAGCAACUCUUGGUUAUUCUUUAUUAGCCCGUGGUACGCAGGGAAUACGCUGGUGGCCAGUCAUCCGCAUAUUCAUAUCAUGGUUCCUGUCACCACUGCUUUCGGGAUUCGUCUCAAUUCUUUUUUAUUCUUUCAUUGACCAUACUGUAUUGCGACGUCGACGUCCUCUGCAUUGUGGUCUAAUUCUUCUACCUAUUUUGUAUUUCAUCUGCGUAGCAGUCAACGUUUUUGCCGUUAUAUAUAAUGGUUCCGAAUUUUUGGGCUUCGACAAGAUACCGACAUGGGCUGUUCUGGCGAUAACAUUUAUUGCAGCAACGGUUGUUGCAUUGCUUGUGCAUUUCAUUAUGGCGCCGCGGCUGAAAAAACGCAUUUUAAAUGCGCGUUCCCUGCUGCAUUGUGAAGACGGAAAACACCUAACACUGGGACCUACUAGCAGCAGAGAACAACAAUUAGCUGAAAUGUCUGUUGAUUUGUUAAACAAUAAUGGUAACAAAGCUAAUGUAACUAUAAUAGAGGAGGAAACUGGGAUAUUAUCCAAUAAUCUGCAAAUAAGUAACACCGAUGGACAUCACAGUUUGGGUACGAAUAUGGUACGACCAACGAGAAGUAUCGAAACCUUCUUUCGCUCUUCCAAACCGGAAGAUCCACAAGCAUCUCAGCUGUUCAGUUUCCUUCAGGUGCUUACAGCUUGCUUCGCCGGUUUCGCUCACGGUGGCAACGAUGUAAGCAACGCAAUUGCCCCGCUCGUGUCACUGUAUGCCAUUUACAAGGAGAAUUCGGCGAUGCAAAGAUCUACAACACCUGUUUGGCUUCUGCUUUACGGUGCCGGUGGUAUGUGCGUUGGUCUUUGGGUAUUGGGACAUCGGGUUAUCUAUACGGUUGGUGAGAAUCUCACCAAAAUUACACCGCCAAGUGGUUUUGCAAUCGAAUUUGGUGCUGCUGUAACAGUAUUAGCUUCAAGCAAAUUUGGUCUUCCAAUAAGCUCCACACAGUGCAAGGUUGGCAGUGUGGUAGCAGUAGGUGUGGUACAGGCAAGAGGCUCUGUGAAAUGGUCUACUUUUCGGAACAUAUCGUUGUCCUGGCUUGUUACUUUGCCUGUUACGGGUGUUCUCAGUGCACUGGUAAUGCUCUUGGCGCGUUCGAUUGUUCUUUGA